AUAUAGAUAUAUUAAUAAUUAAUGAAUGAAUGCUUCUUCACAAUCCACAAAUAUUGUCAUGAUCAUCAUCACUAUCACUGAUUCACUGCUUUCUCAACAACACUAAAGAGGGGAAUGCCCCAUAUCCAACUCUGAUUCCCUUUUCUCUUCAAAUCUUAUUCUGAUAAAUGAUUGGAAGGGAAUUUACAUAGGGCAUGAAAACCUUCAACCUCCUCUUCUUCCACACCAUUUUUCUACCUCCAACAACAUUGCCUUCCGUGUGAUGUAGGAGAGCUGACAGAUGAAUCGGAAUCGUUUGGACUUGAGAGUUGUUCACCAUUCUGGAUCAACUCAAUCGGAGGAGUCAUCCCUGGACUUGGAAAGAAACUACUAUGGUCAUCGUAAUCCUUCGUCCAGCCCUGUACAGUUGCAAACUUUUGCAGUUGGUGUUCAGCAUUCUGAGAGCAAUGCGGCCUACUUUUCUUGGCCCACCUUGAGUCGCUGGAAUGACGCAGCAGAAGACAGGGCCAACUAUUUUGGAAACCUUCAAAAGGGAGUGCUACCUGAAACCUUGGGUCGUUUGCCGACAGGACAACAGGCUACUACCUUGCUUGAACUUAUGACUAUUAGGGCAUUUCAUAGUAAGAUAUUACGGCGAUUCAGUCUUGGCACUGCAAUUGGAUUUCGGAUCAGAGGAGGUGUUUUGACUGAUAUUCCAGCGAUUCUUGUCUUUGUUGCACAUAAAGUUCAUAGGCAAUGGCUCAACCAUGUUCAGUGCCUACCUGCUGCCCUUGAGGGCCCAGGAGGUGUUUGGUGCGACGUGGAUGUCGUGGAGUUCUCCUAUUAUGGUGCACCUGCACAAACUCCUAAAGAACAAUUAUAUACGGAGCUUGCUGAUGGGUUAAGGGGAAGCGAUUCAUGUGUUGGCUCCGGUUCUCAGGUUGCAAGUCAAGAAACAUAUGGAACCUUGGGUGCUAUAGUUAGAAGCCGAACAGGAAGUCGAGAAGUUGGUUUUCUUACAAAUCGACAUGUCGCUGUUGAUUUGGACUAUCCAAACCAGAAGAUGUUUCAUCCAUUGCCACCCAGUCUUGGACCCGGUGUAUAUCUUGGUGCAGUUGAGAGAGCAACAUCGUUUAUUACCGAUGAUCUUUGGUACGGCAUUUUUGCUGGAACAAACCCAGAAACAUUUGUGCGAGCUGAUGGUGCAUUCAUCCCAUUCGCAGAAGAUUUUAAUAUGAACAACGUGAUUACAUCUAUAAGAGGUGUGGGUGAUAUUGGUGAAGUCCACGUCAUAGAUUUGCAGUCUCCAAUCAACAGUCUUAUUGGUAGGCAAGUGAUUAAAGUUGGAAGAAGUUCUGGUUUGACUACAGGAACUAUAAUGGCCUACGCCCUCGAGUAUAAUGAUGAGAAAGGUAUUUGUUUUCUCACUGAUUUUCUUGUCGUCGGUGAGAAUCAGCAGACAUUUGAUCUUGAAGGCGACAGUGGAAGCCUCAUUCUAUUAACUGGUCAGAAUAGGGAGAAGCCACGCCCCGUUGGCAUUAUUUGGGGAGGGACAGCUAACCGGGGUCGUUUGAAACUAAGAGUUGGUCAACCCCCUGAGAAUUGGACAAGUGGUGUUGACCUUGGCAGGCUUCUUGAUCUCCUUGAACUAGAUCUCGUAACAACAAAUGAAGCACUCCAAGCUGCGGCGCACGAGCACAAGAACGGUUCUACUGUCGGAAUUGGUAGUUCUAAUGGAGAAUCAUCUCCCACCGUGCCAAUAAAAGAAAAGAUUGAAGAGAGCUUUGAGCCAUUUUGUUUGAAUAUGCAACAAGUUCCGGUAGAAGAAGAACCAUCUAAGAUAGUCAAACCAUCAUUAAGGCCCUGUGAAUUUCAUAUAAAAAACGAGAUUGAAACAGUUCCAAAUGUAGAACACCAAUUCAUACCGACAAGUUAUGCAGGAAAAUCUCCAGUUCAUCAAAGCUACCUAAAAGAAGACUCGGAAUUCAAGAGUCUCUCUGAACUUAAGAAUGAACCUGAAGAAGACAAUUUUGUUUCCUUGCAUUUAGGAGAACCUGAAGCGAAGAGAAGAAAACAUUCAAGUUCUCCCUUAUCAUCAAAGAAUUAAAGCAGUUGGGGUUAAAGCCGAAGUAAAAUGCAGCUUAUACACUCAACGAAGCGACUCAUUUGCGUUGCAGUUCUCGCCGUAUUAGAAAAGCAAAGGCCUUCAAUAUGCGGUGCAUCAACAGCAAAACUAAUAAACAAGGUUCACUCUUGCAUUAAAUUCUUUUUCUUUUUAUUUUCAUGUUUUGAUAAGGUGAUGAUAUUAGUCACUUGUGGGCUACGUAAUAUUUUAAGAGGCCAUUUAGCUUCUGUGUUACAUGAAUCUUUAAUUUAUAUACCACUUGUAGACUUUGUAUCAUAAGCACUCUUGAGAGGGCAACAGCUAUUGUAAUUUAUAGGAAUGUAAUAUAUAUGUUUGUUGAGCUUCAAA